AGUUCUUAAACGAUUUUGUAUAGGUUAAAUAUGCAGUACAUUUGUACUAUAUCGGUUGAUCUAAAUAACAUUGUUAAACUAACUACCUAUGUAACCGAGUUUUUUUAACUUGACGACCCCCAUUUUCAACCUGUACUUUUAACAGUUUAUUCGAUAAGAAAUUUAUCCGCAAUUAAGUGACUUGGGAUUUUUCUAUAUACAGUAACGUUUAUAAAAUAAGCAUGGAUUUGUGCGGUCAAAAAAGCAAACUUCUGCAUGCCAACUUCAAAAACAUUGUUUUCAAAUUUGGAUCUUAUAUUUUUGUUUGUUUAUUUGUUUGUUUAAAGUGGAAAAUAACUGAUUUUUUAGUUUUAUCCAAAUGUACAUGUACAAGUCAUAAUUCUACAAAAGUGUCUGAUAACGAGUAGAAAAUUUUAUCAUGGAACGUUCCAGUUUUUGACAAAAUAUGACGAGUGAAAUAAUAACAUCCAGAAAUACUUAUAUCAUUUUGGAUAAAUCUGCGUUAGAACCGGAAGUGAUAUCAUCAUACACGGAAGAAAGCGCGUUAGAAUUCAAAUCAAAUUCUAACAAAACGCCAAGUGCUGGAAUCACGGGGUGGGAACGUGCACAAAGUUACACUAAUGUAAGACGUGACGCCACCGAAGGGUCGUUAUUAGUUCGAAAAAUGAACAGCUAUAGUCAACAGUUUGGUGCACCACUUCAGACUACAAAUGGACUAAGUCAUCAAGCGCAACUCGGGGAACGAAUGAAGAACAUAAAUAUAAAUGUUGCUGCAGAUAAAUUCCUACUUGGAACAAUGGGAGCUUUAUCAUAUAAUGAAGAAGCGGGAAACCCUGUAACGGCAUCGCCAGCAGACGACACCGGGUAUUGCAACGCGGCUAUGGCGUUCAUUGAGGCCGACAGCAGCUCGAGAAUUUCGUGCAAUACAUCAAAAGUAGGCGCAGUGAGCGGGGACAGAUACACCUGUAAAGAAGUUUGCAGUCCGCAGAAAAAGGCUAAACAAAACUUGCACCCCUCACGACCCCCUCUAUUACCCCCGUGCAGAGUUUGUGGCGACCGGGCAUCGGGGUAUCAUUAUGGUGUUAACACAUGUGAAGCCUGCAAGGGAUUUUUCCGCCGAAGUAUUUGUAAAGCCGAGCCGUACGUGUGUACGGGUACAGGAGAUUGUAAGACAAUGGCUGGGAAAAGGACAGCCUGUUCCCAUUGUCGUUUUAAACGAUGCAUCGCAGUGGGUAUGUCUAAAACAGCCAUUAAAACUGGCAGAUAUACGCACGAGUUGCGAUCUAAAAACAUUCUGGAAGUGAAACGGCUGCAGAAACAGGCUAGCGACGAGAGUCCUGAACGACCCGAAGAAAACUCGUCAGGCUACAACGAUGCAAACUAUACGGAAUACAAGAAUGAGCUCCUAAGAAAGAUGAUGUUGGAAGAUACAUUGGGGACGCUUCUUUCAGGACAGAAAAUGUUGUACGAGUUUUUAGAUGACUACUACAAUGAUGAACUAAUUAAAGAGAGACAACUCUCGGUGUAUAAAAAUUAUAUGGAAAGAAAAAGAAAACUCCUUCUGGAAAGAGAAAAUGAAACUGUAAACGCUGAGCACUUAACAGCAGACUACCAAAGUUUAGAAACUGAAUCCCCAGACCAUAAAAUCAACGACAAACAGACGAGUAAAAUUACGGCACAAGAAAGUAAUUGUUACUCGCAAGCUCAAUCCAGCAGUCAGAGUAUACGAAAAGAUUUAAGCACUUUACCAAACACUCCUAACAGCCAAAUAUGUCCACCGGAAGUUAAUAGUAACAUGAAGAAACUUACCGCGUCAUCUAAUGAUUCAUUAUCUACGUCAGACAUCGAUAAAAACAUCGAAAACAAAGAUCUCAAUUUGUGUUCGAAUCAGCCAUUAAAUUUGAGUGUUCAGAACAGCCGUGCUGAUUCUAGUUUGAAUAUAAAUGCAGAAAACACGCGCUCUGAAGCAGACGUGACCGAGACCGGAAAUGAAAUGUCAAGAAAAAAAUCCGGUAAUUCCGUAUUGCCUCCCACGGAAACCUUACGGGCUGAAGUGAUGACAAAAAUCGUAAGUGACCUUGAACAAGGUGUGCAAGGAAUGUUAGCCUUCGCUAAAAGUCUACCUGGUUUUUCCGACCUUCCUUCUUCAGACCAAGUAUCUUUAGUAAAAGCUGCACGUUUUGAUAUAUGGUACAUAGGUCAUAUACGUUGUUUCAAUGUAGAGUUACGAGUGGGAGCCUGCGAGUGGCAGUUUCAUGCUGAUGAGCUGGCACAGGUUUGGGGCGACUCCAUGGUGGACCUUGCAUUUACACUUUCUCGUGUAGCAAAACUUCUAGAUUUAACUAAACAGGAAACUGCGGCGUUACGAGCUGUCUGUCUGACAUUUCCAGAUCGAUGCAUGGAUCUCCAGAAUCGAACUGAGGUGGAACAUAUGCACGAUAAUAUGCUGGAAGUUUUCAAAUAUGUCGCAUGUAAGACACGAAGCAACUAUAACAACUGGUUCACAAAGAUCAUCAACUUUCUCGUGCUUCUGCGAGAAUUCGGUGUGAAGUUCGAGGCAGUGUCUUCUAAACUGACACUCGAUUGGUCCGUUCUGAAAGACAACCCAGUUCUCCUGUCCGUGUUUUUGAGUUGAUAAGAGAUAUCAAGUUAGAAGAAAAUUUUAGAGAAAAAAAACAAUUAAUCUGCCACUAAUUGUGAAAAAAGGGAGACAAAUUUUGAUAGAAAUUGAUAACUAUUCAAAGUGGUUUGACUUAAUCGAAUUUAUAUAAUAUUCGUUUUUUUUUACAUUUGGAAAAUCGAAAUUUAACAACCUUAGUUUUUUUGGACACGAGAUUUUCUGUGACAGGUUACAAAGGUGUCUUAGCCCCGAGAUCUCUGAGCGGAUGUUGAGCAGACGAAUUUUCAAUAAGAUUGAAUAUGUUGUGAAAAUGAACGCCGUUCUUAUGUACUCUCAGCGUUGUGAUGGUUGCCAGGAACAUUAUUAAACACUUACCAUGCUAAAUAUAAAUGGACUUGUCAAUUUUUCAAUAUGGACAGAACCAUUCAUCAUUUUUAGGGAAUUUUUCUAAAAAAAAAUGUACUGGUCGAAUAACAAACAGUACAGGUGAUAAGUGGGUACUGGUCACAUGGGUAGAAUGAAUUGCAGCAAGCAGUUAAAGGGUUAAUGCAUAAUAAAUAUGUAUUACAAAUGUGUGUCGUCUGCGAGUGUUUUUGAGCAGCAGGCGAAAAUAAGUUGGAAUAAAUAUGUCGUAAUCAUGACGCUCAAAUGUAUGUAUUAUUGAAUUUGUAGAAUAUUUAUGAACUUGAUUUUUUACGGUGUAAAUGUAAGAAACCUAGCUAAUUGGCUACAUACCAAAUAAGUACAAGUAUCAACAUCUUUUGGAAACUUUAGUAGUACUAGUUUUGGUGGGUAAAUAAUACAAGCAAAUGUUCUUAGUUCAUGUAUAUAAAAUAUUGUAGUUUAUAUUGUCGACCCUUUGUCAAAGCAGCCCGGGCAAUUUUGUUUAACCCAUACUGACCAUUUUCGACACUCUUGCAGCUCAUUUUUUUACUCUGAAAUUCCUUUAACUUUGAAUGGACUGUUCCAUAUUCAAAGCUGGGCGAAUCCAUUAUACAAAGUCAGCAUAUUAGGCCUAUUAAUUGUAAUAAAAUAAGCAAACAACGAAUAAUCGCAUCUCGCAAACGUAAUAGAACGGUGAAACAGUAACUGUUGUUCAUGACUUCAUUUAGGAUUACAGUUAGUUGAUUUUACUUGCAAAAUGUGAUAUUAUUUGUUAAAAUAUGGUGUUGUUCAACAGAGAUUUAUAUAUUUAUUAAGAAUAAAAGUAAUUAAAGUAUAAAUAUAUAUUUGUAUAUCA